AUUUAUUUUUUUUAGUUUUUGUUUGUGGGAAAUUUGAAUUUUGCUGCAUAGACUAUUUAGUUUGCACUGCUAAUUGACAUGGUCAUCAAUGGUAGUGUUAGACAAUAAAUACCGUAUGUAUAUUUUGAGUAUAAUGUAUUUAUGUACGAUAGGUUAUUUGGUAACCUAUAUAUAUGUGUAUAGUAGGCUUGUUGCCGUUUAAUGAGAAUUAUACAAUUCUACAUGGUAUCAGGACAAAACCCUAGCCCACUCUUCUCUACGAUCCUCUCCGUUCUCCCUCUCCGGUGACUGCUCCGGCACGGGUUUUCUUUUCUUCUCCGGUUUGCUUUCCCUUCUUAUUUGCUCUCUGUUCUCUGGUUGUUUGCUUCCUCAUGACAACUGAUCCGUCUUCCAAAUCUUCUGUGGUCUCUCCCUUUCAUCCGGCAUUGGGUGUCACGAAUAUCCGAAACCUUGUUCCCUUGGUUUUGGACGGUGAAUCAGUGCAGUAUACUCCGUGGGCUACACUCUUCCGCAACACCGCUAAGGUUUAUCAAGUCCUUGAUCAUAUCGAUUCUUCGGUCUCGAAACCGCGUGACAUAGAUGAUGAAUUAUGGGAUCGUCUGGAUGCAGCAGUUCUCCAAUGGUUAUAUGGUACGAUUUCUACUGACCUAUUGUACCGGAUACUUGAUGAGAAAUCUACGACAAUGGUGGCUUGGCACAAAUUGAAGGCUCUUUUUCAGGACAAUGAAGGCACUAGAAUUGUUCAUCUUGAGAAUCAAUUUAGGACCAUCACAUUGACGAAUUCCACUUCUCUUGCUCAAUAUUGUUAGCGGCUCAAGGAAAUCUCCGACCAAUUGGCUGCUCUUGGUCAUCCAAUUUCUGAAGAACGCCUGGUUCUUCAACUCGCCGGGAAACUUACCCCGGAAUAUGCUAUGGUUGCUACACUUAUUCAACAAGGUAAUCCACUGCCUUCGUUUACAAAAGCUUGCUCUAUGUUAGAACUUGAUAGGGUUAGCCGUGAGAAGCAAUCUCAGGAUAAUACUUCUAUUUUGUUGGCUGCUUCGGACACCCCUGGUUUCUCUGCUCCCUCUACCGGUGGUCCUAGGCCGCUGAAUUAUGGUAGGCAGUCCAAAGGCAAGAAGAAUAAGGGUGCGAAGGCUGGGGGUUCCCGUAUGUCACAACCUCCGUCUGGUGGGGGUUCCCGUAUGUCGCAACCUCCGCUUGGUUGGUUUCCUUGGCCAGGUCCUUGGGGUGGGUUUUAUCCCCCUUGUCCUUACCCUUCGCAGGCUGCCCCGUGGCGUGGCUCUUUCCCACAACAUCAGCCUUCGCUGCCCCAGCAUCGUCCCUCACAGCAAGGUCUGCUGGGCCCUGCUCCUAAACAUCAACAGGCUGCUUUGAUUGCCUCUGCUCCUUCACAUGACUCGGUGUCUUCUACCGCAGCUUAUGGUUUACAGUCUAGUUCUCUCCCUGAUUGGUUUAGUGCUAUGAGUCUUCAAGCUCCGGACCAAAAUUGGUUUAUGGGUACGGGUGCAACUUCGCAUCUCAUGAAUGAUACAGGACCUCCGGACGGGGAAAAUUAUGACGCGGUGCAAUAGUGUUGGUUCUCUUUAUCCUAUUUCUGCUGCAAACACAUCAUCUUCCUCUCCUUCCGUUUUUGCUGCAUUAUCUUCCGACGUCUGGCAUAACCGGUUGGGUCAUCCUGGAAACCAAGUUAUUGAUUUUCUUAGGAGUCAUAAUUUAAUUCGUUGUAAUAAAGGCUCUAGUCUUCAUAUCUGUACUGGUUGUCAAUUAGGCAAACAUUGUCGACUACCAUUUUCAGUUUCUACUACUAUGACUUAUGCUCCUUUUGACAUUAUUCACACUGAUUUGUUUACUUACCCGAUUAAUAGUCACACUGGUUUCCGAUAUUAUUUGUUA